AUGCACAGGGUAGCCACUCAGCAUGACCUCUCACUGUGCAAGCAGGAGCAUAAUGAGCCCUUGAGAUCAUACCUAAGGCACUUCUUCGAUGUCCGCGCCACCAUCGCCAACAUUGUUGACACAGACAUCAUCGACUGUUUCCACAACGGCAUCACCACACAAGGACUUUAUCGCGACUUCGGCCGAAGCCGACUGAAAAUGGUCGUCGAACUUCGCGACAUGAUGCAGCGAUGGGCUGAUGAAGAAGAAAAGAAAUGGUCCCACUUUCCUCGGCACGGUAACGACAACAGCUCAAGACGCAAUGGAGAUCAUAAUAACGACAGGGGUCAUCAGGACCCCAACCGCAAGCGCAAGCCAGAUGACACAGUCGGGAUUGUUGAAUGCGGUUCCCGAGGCAAGAAACUAGGGAACCAACAUAACCAAUUCGACAAGAUCCUACGCAAGAGAUGUCCAAUCCACCCGACUGGCAACCACUCUAUGUUCGACUGUGUGACCCUACGCAAAUCUCUUAAUGCUCCCAUCCCCAACGACCUCAAGAAAAAGCGAGAUAAGAAAGAUGAUGAAGAGGACAAGGAAGGACCACAGGAUUUUCCACAACCCGCUAAUGUGGUCAAUGUCAUCUUUGGCGGUGACUCGAGCUUCUCCAAGUGCGCGCAGAAAUUGAUUCUACGCGAGAUCCUUUCAGUCGAGCCAGCUAUACAGAGGCCCCUCAAAUUUAGUGAGGUCCCGAUCUCCUUCUCCAGGGAGGAUCAGUGGGCCAGCUUCUUAGAGCCGGGAAAAUUCCCUCUUGUUCUGGACCCUAUUGUAUCUGGCUCCAAGCUCACUAAAGUACUCAUAGAUGGCGGAAGCGGUCUCAACCUACUCUUUGCAAGUACUCUCAGAAAGAUGGGGGUGAACUAUUAUGACAUGCUCACCCCAAGCAAAGCUCCGUUCUAUGGCAUCGUCCCAGGCAACUUAUCCACGCCAAUCGGGUCAGUCACCUUCCCGGUCACCUUCGGCACGGAAGAGAACUACCGCACGGAGCAUAUCAGAUUCGAAGUAGCAGACUUCGAAUCAUCUUACCACACCAUCCUGGGCCCGACCCUAGCCAAAUUCAUGGCUGUCCCCCACUACGUGUACCUACUACUCAAAAUGCCAGGCAAGUCAGGCGUACUCUCGCUCCGAGGAGACCUCCUCAGGUCUUACGAAUGCGACAGUAGUGCAUUCAAAUGCGCAUCAACCACUCGCAUUCCAAGCACUACCAGUGAAGUAUUUGCCGCAGCAAAGGAGCUCUCCAUGAAGCAAUCACCUCCAGCCAAGAAGGCAAGCCAGUCCUCGGUGUCUCCACCAAGACGUCGGCACGAAGACCAUCCAGUUGCAAGAAGGUGA